AUGCUCCCCCGUCUAGCGACCAAAAUCAGGGUACCUUACCUAGCAAUCUGCACUCAGACCGCAGCUUCCACUGAUCUUACACGUGAGAGGUCACUGUACCGGCGGUACAUUUCCCGGGCUCAAACAACACCAAACCGACCCACUUGCAGCAGCAACUGGGAGACAGAGGCAGGCAGGAGAUGGACGGUGUAUGCCCCCAUCUGGCGCAACCACCCACCAAGCAUCUAAGCCUCACACGUUAGGCCCACCUGGGCCUUUCCCCCACUGCACCUACCACAGUGGCGGAAGCACGUACACAGCAAGCGGCGACCGACGACUCAGAGCUUCCAUUACCGACUGUGAGACUCGACUGUGAGACCCUCAACAAGGCCAGGGGCAAGAGAAAGGCCACUCUUAGCCCAUGCCUGGGACUGCCUCCGGGCCACCUCCAAGUAUUUCCAUGCCUUGGUAUCGGCUGACACUGCACUCUCUAACCAGGGCUAGCUUAGCAGAGUGCAGCACUUACCCAUAUGCCCUGAGCACCUAAUUACAAAGUCUGGUAAUUGGGUGAAGCAUGCAGUCUUCCAUGGAGUAACUUGUCAAAUUCACGAGCUCCCCUGAUGCCUGCUACUUUUGUUGCUCCAUGUUAUAUCCUUAUCCCUAGCUUGAUUGAUUUCUUAGUUACCAGAGAGAGGAUCUGUGAAUUCUCUUCCACCUUAGAUCAGAGCAGUACAGUUAUAUGCUCAGGAUACAUGGCCACAUACUCAAAUAUACCCUAACAUGCAAUGUUCCUGUUUAGUGACAGCCACCAUGCCUAGCUAAGAUUUGCCCUGGAGAGCCAGAGCUGCAGCAGGGAGACUGCUGGGAUCUCGGGCAGUCCCCCUGGACCUGGAUCGCCGGUUCAGGUGAGUACCCAGGUCAUUUUAACAGCGGACGUGCAGUGUACAUCAGAGGUCAUUAACUGCCUUUUUUUGUCGGACGUACCCUGCGCGUCCUAGGUCGGGAAGGGGUUAAAGAAUAUCUCCAAGCACCAUAACCACUACAGCAGAAAUUGACAGAUCCCAAGUGCCAGGUCACCCUGGCGACCAGCAAUUUAGUCCUGGCGCCUGAGGGCUGUGUGUUCUGUAGGCUGAUGGCGAGGGAGCUGUAAUCUCCCUGCUCUGCUCCCUUGUCACUGCUUAGUGAUGCCGGAAUAUGACGUCAACCUACACAACGCGAAGCCAGUAGCCCACCUUCACUGUCCCCUAACCAACUACCCACUUGACCCCAGGGAAAACCGGUCCAUGCCAGCUCUCCCAAAGUUAGGGAGUCUGGGUGGAAUAGAAUUAAAACAAAUAAUGUGUUUGUGCGUCUGUCUCAAUGUGUGUGUUUGUGCGUCUAUCAGUGUGUUUGAAUCCGUCUCAAUGUAUGUGUUUAUAUUUAGGUGACCAGCUCCCUCUCCGAUCACGGGGGAGUAGUGUUUAUACUCAACUUUUUUUCCACGCCAUCCUAGCCUCCCCACGGCUAGCCAAGCCUCUAUGGCUAAGAAUCACGCUUGAUGAUCUUUGCCAAUCCAAUGCUUUCCCAUAUGAAAGCACCGAGAAGCUAUUGCGCAUGCGCUGCAAAACACUGCGCCAACCAGCAACUCCUCAUAGCAUUGCUGCUACUAGAGGUAUCACUAGGCGUCAAUAUAAACACUGCCUUUUCUCUGAAAAGUCAGUGUUUACAUUGAAAAGCCUGCAGGGACAGGUUAUAGACAUCAGAACCACACAUUAAACUGUAGUGGUCCUGGUGACUAUAGGGUCUCUUUGAAAAUAAAGCUUUGUAAGUUUAAAAAAACCUGGAUCCAACCUUUUUUAGCUGGCUCCUAGUUCCAAAGCAAAUUUGUCAAGCCCUGCACUACAGCACAGGAGUUAUGUCCAACCCUCCAUGUAUGUAGUAAAACCAUUUUAGAGCAAUUGAGAACUUCAGUGCAGAGCUUAGCUCAUUGGCUGAGAGUACCAAUGAGCUGAUACUCCCAGCCAAUGAUCUGGCUGUAAUGGAUCUUGAACGAUUUGGAUCCCUCAGCUUUUUGCCAAGGGAUCUGUUAAUCCUUUAACCCUCAACCCCCCCCAAAUAAUUUUUUGUUCCCCAGAGCUUUCUUUAACUUUAUCCCGCCAUUACUGUUACUUUCAAAUCUUAUUUCAGGACGCUGCCAUCUUCAGGUUUCUGAGUAUAUAUAGAUGGGCAUGUGAGUGAAAUCACGCCCAACUCACAGAUGCAGCUCCACCUGAUUUAUGUCCCCCCCACCCUCAGGGUCCCACUCCCGCUGGGAUGAAGGGGGAGGAAGGGCUUAAACGCUUACCUUUCUCCAGAGCCGGGGACCCUCCUCCCUCUUCCGACGCCAUCCGCCGAAUGUGCAUGCGCGGCAAGAGCCGCACGCGCAUUCAAACAGUCCAUAGGAAAGCAUUUCUGAAAAUCACAGUGAGAAGCGCGGAAGCACCUCUAGCGGCUGUCAAUGAGACAGCCACUAGAGGCUGGAUUGACCCUAGUGUAAACAUAGCAGUUUCUCUGAAACUGCCAUGUUUACAGCUGCAGGGUUAACCCUAGAUGGACCUGGCACCCAGACCACUUCAUUGAGCUGAAGUGGUCUGGGUGCCUAUAGUGGUCCUUUAACUCUAGCAAUUGCGUGAAACGAUCCGUAACACGGCACUGAAGGAAGGCGAGUAUACAGACCUUAUGUCUAUGACAAAGGCCAUGGAGCCAACUAAAGCUCCACCCUUUGUUAUACAUAAGGAAUUGUAGUUGGGAAGGCAUCAUUUCAGGGGUAGAAAAAGGAGCCAAUUAAGAAAGAAGGUGUUGGGACAUGCCAAGGUAAAAUUAAAAAAAAAAAAAAAAGUGACAGUUUAUUUCUAGUAGUUAUUAGCUAUAUCAUGCAUUAAAUGGACACUAGAUCCACCAAGACAACUUUAAGGGUUGUAGGGACACUACACUUAUAGGGAAACAAUAGUCACCAAAACAACUUGAGCUUAAACAAGUAGUUUUGGUGUAUAGAUCUCACUGCUCAAUUCUUUGCCAUUUAGGAGUUAAAUCACUUUGUUUAUGCCGCCCUAGUCACACCUCCCUGCAUGUGACUUGCACCACCUUCCUAAACACUUCCUGUAAAGAGACAUCUAAUGUUUACACUUCAUUUAUUGCAGUCUGUCUGACCUAGAUUUUAUUUAUUUAUCUCCUGCUCUAUUAAUAAGCUUAUUUAGAACCUGCAGGAGCCUUUUAGUUUUCAUGCAGGCUGUGUCAGUCACAGCCAGGGGAGGUGUGGCUAGGGCUACAUGGACAGAAAUAAAAUGAUCUAGUUUAACUGAGCAGGGAGACUGCAGGGGCAUGAUCUACACACCAAAACUGCUUCAUUAAGCUAAAGUUGUUAAAUAAAAAGGUCACUGUCCCUUUUAUCUCCCCUUCCAAGUAACGCAUAAUGGACUGUGAGAUACUGUCCCUUUAAUUUACCUCCCCACAGAGAAUAUCUGGUUAUCUUAUUGAUAGAAGCAUUGGAAAGCCUUUAUUUACCAUUAAACACAAGUGGUUUGAUGUUAAUACUCACAGGUGUACCCAGGUCUCACAUGUGGGCGCUCAGUUCACCCCAAGGCUGGGGGGGGAGGGGGGCGAAGCACCAAGCUUAUCUUUAAUAUCAGUACAUCCCAGUGUAUAAUCACUCCAAGCCGGAUCUAUAUCCCCGUCCUCUCCCAACAUCGAGUCCAAAUACAACAAGCGGAGGAAGAAAGACGCACAGGGUCUCAAAAAAUAAAAAAAUAUUGAAAUCUUCCGCCCUUGAAGACUGACCAAUCACAAAACUGCAUCCGGGGUCAGCAUGCGGGAUUCUGCCAACCAAAUAGCAGCCGACAAGGCAAAGGCACGCGAUAGGCCGCGCUGGGCGGCAUUUUUUUAAAAUAGCAGCCUCGCUGAUUGGCUGUGUGCGUUUCACCGAGCUUUGACUGCUGAUAGGCUGCGGUCAUAAGCAGGGUUUCCUCUCUGGCCACGCCCACACACAAGUGGCUGCUUUCCAGGUUUUCUUCGCGUGUAGGCCACACCCACCAGCCGACGUCAGCAGGUUAUUUAAAGGGCAAGGAUGCAGGGUUCCCCUGCUCAGCUGUCAGUACUGCCAUGCAGCGGUAAUAGGAUGGAGUGUGUGUUUAGAGCCAGCUGGCAUGUGUGGAACAAGCACCGUGUUAUUGGGAAUGCCUUAUAGAGUUUUAUUAUUUUUAUUUUAUUGAUCUUUGAUUUAUUGUUUUGGGGGCAUUUAUUAUUAUCAUUGAUAUUUGAAUUGCUUUUUAUAUUUGUGUAUUUGUUUUGGUGAUUCAGUUUACUAUGUGUGGUUUCUUAGUGGGAAACUUGCCUCUUGCUUUCUAGCAAUAAAGCCUUGUACUUUGUACAAAGUAUGGGUCCAGCAGAUUACUGCUGCUUGUCUCUGAGUUAAAGGGCAGCGCUGACUGUUUCAUUACAUGAAGGGAAAAGGAUUACUUUCAGUUUAAUAAGAGUUUAGAAAACUAGUUAUUACAUUUUUGCUAAAUAGUGUUUUCUUCUAUUUGAAUUGUUGCCCUUGGCUGUGUUUAAAAUGGGCAAGGUGUCCAAUAAUAAACCAAUCUCUUGUUUUAGACUCAUGCCAUGUCUCUCUAUCGUUGACCAGUAAUGGUUAAUCAUAAACUCCUAACAAUAGACAAAAGUGGCUUGAAAAAAACCAAAUGGUGUUUAUCUUGGUUUUGGGGUUUUUGUCUGCCCCCUCCCCGCUUUCCAAAAACACAUCUAGUUGUGUAGGAACUGUUGUCUAUUUGCAUUUUCAGUUUUUGUUUUUUUUACUUGGGUGUUCAAAGGGAUACUGUGGGCACUGUAACCUAUUUCGCUCACUGAAGUAGUUAUAGUGUGUGUGUAUAGUGUCCCCUGGUGCGGCCUUCCAUUCUGGGUUUAAACCAUUUUUUUUAAGUUUUAAUGCUAACGCGUUCCUAGCAGCCCAUUCACUCCAUGGUGGUACUGCUUGGGUUGAUCAAAGUAUUGGCUUCAGUUGCUGUGAUUGACUGUGUCAGCUGACAACUUGCAGUCUUUCACUGGGCCCAUUGUUGGUAUUAAUCGGUAUGGCUAGAAGGAAGUGUGCAAGCUCUGCCUUUGCCAUACUUCCAUAAGGGGAUGUGGGAAUCCUAUUUAACGUGAUCAUAAAAAUGUCUCAACGCUGAAUGGAGGCAAUAAGAGGUCUCCCGCUGCUAUAACUACUUCAACUAAAUGAAGUGCCUAUGGUGUCCUUUUAAUUUUAGCUGUAUUCUCAGUGGGAGGAGACUGCAUGCAGUCAAUCAAAAUACAUUUUAAAUUUCAGCACUUUCUCUGCUAUCAUGUUUUUAGAAUAGUGUUGUUGCAGUAAACCGAAUGACCAUUUUUAUGUUUAUGUACUCUUGCAUCAGUUUGCUUCAUAUAAAUUAUUUAAAGAACACCAUAACCACUAACACUCAAUGUAGUGUUUAAGGUGCUAGGAGUGCCCUGGAACUAAUCCUGUUCUAAGUGGUCAAACUGGGUUUGGGUUUUGUUUUUUCUUAUAAGAGGUCCACAACUAAUGCCAGAGGGCUGGAAGAUUCUAAUCCGGAUCUUCUGUUUGUGCUCAUGAACGAAGCUUAUUGGCUGAAGCAUCGGCUGUUCGCUUUGUAACAUGGCAGAUACAACUGACCUAAUUUCAUUAGUUAGUGGGUCAUUCCAUUUUGGAAUAAUAUAUUUUAAAAAGCAUGUUGCUGUGACCUGGACCAUAACUCAUUAAGGGUUAAGCAUCAAUUACUAAGUCUACUUGCUGCAACUCCAAGUCACCAUUAUUGAGGAAUUGUGCCAAAUCAGAUGCUACUCAUAGAGAAGCAAUGACACAUCAUGCAUGUGCAUCUACUCUGAACAGAUCCUCUAAGCACCAUAACUACAGGGCACUAUAGUUAUGAUGCCAGUAUUCCCCUGGUGCUAUCUCAGGGUAAGAAGAUAUUCACCUGACUUGGUGGCACUUCAUUACUUAUGGUCUUGUUAUGCUAAAGCGCAAUUUCAUAUUUCCACAUUAACAUAAAAAUGCAUUCCUAUUUUGCAUAUUCAUUGACUGAGUGUCAGCCAAUGUCCCAGCUUUGUACACUAAGGACAAAAAAUUAAAGGGACACGAGUCACCCAAACAAUUUUAGCUUAAUGAAACGGCUUUGGUGUAUAGAUCAUGCCCCUGCAGUGUCUCACUGCUCGGUUCUCUGCCAUUUAGGCGUUCAAUCACUGUUUAUGCAGCCCUAGUCACGCCUUCCUGCAUGUGAUUUACACAGCCUUCCUAAACGCUUCCUGUAAAGAGUCGUCUAAUGUUUACACUUCCUUUAUUCCAAAUUCUGUUUUAUUUAGAAUUUUUAUAUCCUGCUCAGUUAAUAGCUUGAUAGACCCAACAGGAACCUCCUUUGUGUAAUUAAAGUUCAAUUUACAGAGCAGGAGAUAAACUUUUAAAGUAAAUUAUGUCUGAUGGAAAAUAAACCCUUUUUUCAUGCAGGUUGUAUGAGUCAGAGCCGGGGAAGGUGUGACUAGGGCUGCAUAAACAGAAACAAGUUAUUUAACGCCUAAAUGGCAGAGAAUUGAGCAGUGAGACUGCAGGGGCAUGCUCUAUACACCAAUAUUGCUUCAUGAAGCUAAAGUUGUUUUGGUGACUAUAGUGUCUGUUUAACUCACUUUAACAUAAGGCAGACCAGAAGGGCUGCAUUUGCCCAUCAAAGCCAAUUAAAUGACAAACUAUUUAGAAAUGGCUUGCUGUUGUGGGACUCCUGCCACCAUAAUCACACCAUUGCUCCAUAGAGGCAAUGGUGAUCAGUGUUCCUUUAACGUCCUUUGACCCCUCUGAACUUACUUCAUAAGCAGUGGUUUCAAUGCAUAGUAAGGGUAGCUAUCAUUAAUCUGCACAACGUCUGCUGUAGAAAGCUGUUAACUGAACUUUGACUCCCAGAAGCUUGUAAUAUCGUGUUCAGAGAAAUCUUUUUAUAGAUAAAAUGAGAAACCAUGCAGAUUGGGAGAAUUUUUUAUUUUUUUUUUGACUUUCAGGUCAGUCAUUGGUUCCCCGAGGCACGAAAGGGUUCACUUUGGAUACGUCCCAGGUGUGGCUUGUGCCUGCUGCAUCGGUCUGAUCCUGUAGGCUAAGUGCCUAAAGGAAAGCUGUUCCCUCCGAGGGUCCCAGGGCUUUGAAAGUCUUUCCAUUUUGGUUGACUGUAAGAGCUCUGGGGAAAGACCACCUGUAAGGGAGGCCAGUGCUUUGUAGGGUUUUCGUGAUUGGCUGCAUUGAUUUUCGCCACAAUAAGGUGGCUCUGCUUAAGUCUUGAAAGAAUGUAACUGUUUGCGAUUCAAAGUGUAAUGGAGUCUUCCCCUUCACGGCGUUGAGCCUACGUUUAUCGGCAAGGGUUUGGCAGCAUAGGAUAAUGUCCCGGGGGGCCUUAGUUGGCGCCUGUGAUGAUUUGGCUAUGCGGUACAUGCCGUCAAAGGCAAUUUGUUUUGCAUUUUUUGCAGGUAUGUGUAUGUAUGUAUGUCAGACGAACCUUCUGCCUGGGUCAGCAUGGCUCCCAGGAUCUUUCUCCUCCUUAAAGGGACACUCAAAACAUAACCAUGCUUAUUGCUAUAGUGGUUAUGUUGCCUCGAGUGUCCUGGUGCUGACAUCACUUUCAUGCUGAACGAUGGGGAAUGGUAUAAACCAUGGUUGUACUUGGUGUUCUUAACAUGUAAUACCAUUUGUGUUCUAGAGUAAAAUGGGAUGGAUUACAACUUCCCUUUAAUCUAGCUGUUACGGUACAAAAGUGUCUUUGUGUACAGCAGCAAAUCUUGAUGUUAACGCUAAUCUGUUUUUCUCAGACUACCCCCUCAGCUAGAUGUACGGAUGCCACCCAUGUCCAACCCUCAAACACAGCUGUAUGGGCUGCCACCUACUCUACUCCCAGAACCUUGGAUGCUGAUAAACAGCAGUACUGCCUUGGAGGACCUCUUUGGGUAACCACACCUCUGAUACAUAUCUGAUAUGCUGGCUGCCUGGUAGUGUGUGGGUUUUUCCUCUAAGCAUGGCUCUUAGUAUCUUAAACAAAAAAGAGAGGCUAAAAUGUUUAGUGCUUUAUUUGUAAAUUGAUUUCCUUUUAUUUUUUAAUUUAUUUUUUUAUAUGUUAAACAUUUGUUAGAGGUAUAAACACAAAGAUAAAGCACUGCGCUUACAGCAGCAUUGGCAUCCAACUGCUUAAAAUACAUAGUAAAAACAAAGAAAACAUUACCUGCGCUCUGGACUAAAUCCCCAUGUACAUUUAAACAAAAUGGAGGCUCUUUAGUUUUAUUCCAAUGGCCAUUUGAAUAUAUAAACUCACCUGCCACGUCAAGGCAAGCCUCAAUAGGUGAGUCCUACUCUAGCCAUUAGAUAUGCUGAUAUCAGCCAAAAAUCUCCAGUGAGACAGGAAGGGGUAUUUUAUAAACACUUUCACAUUUAACCCUUUAUAGGGCUUAUACACAUACAAUAAACUUUGCUGGUAUCAGACAAAGUGUAAACAUCUCUAAUGAGACAUGAAGGGGUAUUUUAUAAACCCCUACAUACUUAACCCUGAAUAGGGAUAGAACACAUACAAAUCAUCUUGCUGGUAUCCGCUAAAAGGCAAAUUUCUCUGAGACAGGAAGGGGUGCUGCCCCUACAUACUUAUAAACUCCUAAUAAGACAAACGUGGGGAGGCUGGCAGCAAUUAGUGAUAUCGCAAACCGUUCGCGAACUUUCUGCGAACGGCUCGCCAUGGUUUGCCACGAACCAUUCGCGGCGAGCUCCGGUCAGCUGACACAUCCUGGCCAAUCUCCAGCAGACCCUCCCUCCCAGACCCUCCCACCUCCUGGACAGCAUCCAUGUUGAAGCUGGAUGCUGUCCAGGACGUGGGAGGGUCUGGGAGGGAGGGUCUGCUGGAGAUUGGCCGGGAUGUGUCAGCUGACCGGAGCUUGCCACGAACGGUUCGCGGGAAGUUCGCGAACGGUUCGCAACAUCACUAGCAGCAAUGUAACAUAGCUGUGUGAUACAAAAUUCAUAUAAAACUGAAUAGCCUCCAUUUUCUAACAGACAUCUAGGGCUUGCCAGUGGGAUGGAAGUUCAUAGUAGGGAAAUAUAUCGGAAGCUCUUACCUUCGGUAGCUAUAGCUAUAUUUAGUUAGUUACUAUAUGUCUAGUAUGGUUUAGUUUUGUUACCUUAUUUUAUUUUUAUCUAUGGGCAUGAAAAGCCCAUCACAACAGAAACGGCGACACUGCACGGCAUAAAAGAACCUGGCAUAACCUUAUCAAACCGCUUCUUUUCUGUAUAAUGCAUUGUAUGUCUGUCACUAUUGGCCCCUGCGUGAGCCACUGAAUACUGCCAUGCCGUAAAAAAAAACUGAAUAGCCUCCAUUUUGUUUAAAUGUACAUGGGGAUUUAGGCCAGAGUGCAGGUAACGUUCUCUUUAUUUGUUAGAGGUAUAUUUGAGGGAUGAUCUGCCUUGAUUGUCACUGAACUAUUAAAGUGUAUUGCCUCAAACGGCUGUAGUCCCAAUGAUGAGACUAGCCACCUUAGUCAGACUUGCUAAAGGCUUGCAGUUAUGCUAUUGAUAUAGCCUGACUUUCCUUUUUUCUUUUUUUGUAUUGACAAUGGUCUUUGUAUACAUGGGCUUACGCAGAAGCCCAAACAGUGGUACAAAGCGGUUGACAUACAAGAACUGUUUCCAUGGCACAGUGUCAUAUCACAUGUCUAUUGCCUUGUAUAAAAGGUUCCAAUCAAUGGUUUUCUGUUCAGUCACACUGUGUUUAUUUAACAUCUUUAACAUUUAACAUAAACAAUAAUUAAAACUAUGCUGCUUAGUGCCCGACUUUCCUUUUCAUACAACAAAUCUGUUGUACAGUGUGUCUUCCAGAUCACGUUUUCUUGGUGCUCCAGGGUUAGUGUCAGAGAUAGAUUGCUACCAAAAUCAAAGUAUACCACAAACAAGGUAAGUACAAUACGAGGAAGCCACCCACAGACAAUAACCAUUAUUGUUUAAAGGGGGAUCUUAUUUAUGUUGUCUAAUAUUUUGGCUGGAUAUACACCUAUUGGUAUUUAACAGUGUUUGUUUUGUGAAUUACAGGUCCACAGUUUAUGAAUCCUCCUGUAAAGUGCAAAACCAUAGAGUGGAUGUAGUUAGUGUUGGUGUUGAUACAGAGUUGGACCUCUUGGAACUGGAUCAGUCAAGAAUCAGGUUUGCUAUACUUGAGCAGGAAGAACUAUGGUGAUAAAUAGUACCAUCUACAUUUUUGCAUACAAUAGCAGUAAUCUUGAAAUGUUAUUCUAAAUCUUGCACUAUAAUGCAGUGGAAUCCGAGUACUUGUCAAACAUUGGAUAUCUCUUUAUCAAAAAAUUAGAUGCACAGGUAAAAAUAGAUGCUAUGAACUAGUAUCUCAUCACUCGAUGCCCCCAUAUAGGUCCAAGCAUGCCAAGAACAGUUGCAGACACCCCUCCCCACAUCUGUAUGUACAAUUUGUAUAAAGGUUUAAAGGGACGCUCUAAGCAUCAAAACAAUUUUAGCUUAAAUCAGUGGUGUGGUGUAUAGAUCAUACCCCUGCAGUCUCACUGCUUAGUUCUGACAUUUAGGAGUUAAAUCACUUUGUUUAUGCAGCCCUAGCCACACCUCCACUGCAUGAGACUCUGUCUCUGUACACACUUGCUGAAAGCACAGUGUGUUUAAUUUAGAAUUUUUAUUACCCUGAGAGUGCAGCUGCCUCCCAUGUGUGAUUAAAUUUCUCUUAACAGAGCAUGAGAUGUGUCUAAAGUAAGGUUGCAUAACUGCCAGGGUAGAUGUGUUUGUUUAUGCAGCCCUAGCUACAAGUGCUUUGACUCCUAAAUUGCAGAGAAUUGAGCAAUGAAACUGAAGGGACAUGAUCUAUAUACAUAAACUGCUUCAUUAAGCUAAAGUUGUUUUGGUGCACAGUGUCAUUUUUUUACGUGUAUAUGCAGAUAAACUUUGUGUGAUAAAAGGUCUACCCCGUCAGAAGCAAACUACAAAUUGACAUCUUAUAUUUGUGUCCACCUCUCAUAUGUAUUGUCAACAGUUCCCCCAAGUUGCAUGGUUCUGCCCACCUUGAAACAGAUGAAGCUAUUUUACAGAGACGGCAAAAGCAGAUAGACUAUGGCAAGAACACGCUUGGUUAUCAACGGUAUAUUGAACAAGUCCCCAAGUAAGUCUUUCUGAACAAUAACUACCUCCAGGUAACAGGAAAGCUAUAAUAUAUCUGCAAUCUGACUUCUUACAGAUAACAGACUUUCAGAAAUAUGUUGUACUGCUGUAUUGUAAAGUAAACACUCCAGACCCCUAAAGAAUUUUAGCUUGCUGAAGUGAUUAAUGUGUGAAUAGUUGCAUGAUUAAGGCUCUGUGGAGCCGAAACGUUGCACUUAUUUCUUGGUGAGGUGGUGAACCCACAAAUAAAACUUGCCUUCAUAAUCCUGGAGUGCUGCCUGUGUUCUUCCUUUUUCAAUUAUAUGUGAAUAGUGUCUUCCUCCCUCUUCCCAUUUUAAAGUGCACAGUUCAGUAGAAAUUGGCACUUUUAUAAAUUAAUCUUGUAUCCCUUUAGCUGUCAAUCAGACAACUGGUUCUGUUACUUCCUUGUUUAAUUCUGUAAACUAUGCACACGCACCUGGCCUUCCACCUGAUCUAAAAGAAAACCUGUUUCAUCCGAGCAGGCAACCUUCUUCCGUUGCUCCAUGGUUCAGUGCUAAAGCUGAAGUCCCCAUUGAAGGAGUUUUUGUUUAUGGACAGGGGUCAUCAUCAGGGCCGUCUUUAACGCGGGGCAAACAGGGCAGCUGCCCCGGGCCCUGUCCCUGCUGGGGGGCCCGAGGUAACUGCCCUGUUUGCCCUCUGCCCGCAAACUAUGGGGGCCCAUUGGGUGGCCCAUGCACUUAGGGCCACCGAGUGGGCCUGUGUCAGCAGGGGCCCGGUCGGGCGCUGUGGCGCUUUAACAGCGCGACCAGGCCCUUGCUUUUCGGCAGCACUGGGAGGAAGUGACAGCCGUGCGUCACUUCCUCCCACAGAAACAGGAGCCGUGCGGGAGGAAGGAGGACCAGCUGUUCCGGAGGGGGCCAGGCCGGGAGAGCUUAACUCCCAGUCACCCCAGCCAGCCCACUGAACCCCAGGGAAGCCACCCUCCAGAAAAAGGUAAACUGGAGGGUGGUUAUCAAAUUUUGCAUGAGUGUGUCAGUAUGUGUGUAUGUCUGUUAGUGUGCCAGUAUGUCUGUCAGUGUAUCUGUAUGUCUGUGUGUGUGUCUGUCAGUGUCUGUGUGUUUCAGUAUGUCUGUAUAUGUGUGUAUGUCUGUCAGUAUGUCUGUGUGUGUCUGUCAAUGUCUGUGUGGUUCAGUAUGUGUGUUUCAGUAUGGCUGUCUGUGUGUCAAAAUGUCUGUAUGUGUGUUUGUCUGUCAGUGUCUGUGUGUAUGUGUUUCAGUAUGUCUGUAUGUCUGUCAGUGUGCCAAAAAAUCUGUCAGUGUCUGUGUGGUUCAGUAUGUAUUUGUGUAUGUGUUUCAGUAUGCCUGUCUGUGCGUGUCAAAAUGUCUGUACGUGUGUAUGUCUGUCAGUGUCUGUGUGUUUCAGUAUGUCUGUGUGUGUGUGCCAGAAUGUCUGUAUGUCUGUCAGUGUCCAUGUGGUUCUGUAUGUCUGUUUGUCAAUAUGUCUGUCAAUGUCUGUGUGUAUGUGUGUUUCAGUAUGUCCGUCUGUGUGUAUAUGUGCCAGUAUGUCUGUCAGUGUAUCUGUAUGUCAGCGUCUUUGUGUAUGGGUUUUUCAGUAUGACUGUCUGUGUCAGUGCGUCUGUCAGAAUGUGUCUCUGUAUCUGAAUGUUUUCCGUUUGUGUGUGUGUAUCUGUAUGUGUCAGUGUUUGUAUCUGUAUAUCUGCAUGUAUUUUAGGUUGUGUAUGUGUGUGUCUGGAUGUGUGUCAGUGUGUGUGUGUGUAUCUAUAUGUAGUCAAUGGGUGUACCUUUGUAUCUGCAUGUAUGUCAGUGUUUAUAUCUGUGUGUAUGUCUAUGUGUGUGUCAGUGUAUCUAUAUGUAGUCUGUGUAUCUGUAUGUUCUUGUGUGUAUCUACAUGCGGUCAGUGUGUAUCUGCAUGUGUGUCAGGUAGUGUAUCUAUAUAUAGUCAGGGGACCCAAGUAAAUGCUUGCCCAGGGUCCAAUCAAAAUUAAAGACGGCCCUGUUCAUCAUGGGCACUCUGACUGGUUUGUGGCUACACAGCAAACUGCAAUGCACUCUGUGUUCUGGCACCAUUUUAUCAUGGUCAGCAUUUAAGGGACACUAUUGUCACCAGAAAAACUACAGCUUAUUGCAUUUGUUCUGUUGAGUAUAAUUCCCUUCAGGCUUUUUGCUAUAAACACUGUCUUUUCAGAAAAAAUGCAGUGCAUUACAGCUUAGGGACACCUCCACUGGCCACUCCUCAAAUGGCUGCUAAAGCUGCUUCAUUGGGCAGUGCUGCAGAGUAAGCAGCACUGCCAUUCAGUAUCUCCACCCUGUGCAUGCAGACACUGUACUUUCCUCAGAGUUGCAUUAAUGCAAUUAAUCUCUGAGGAGAUGUUGAUUGGCAAGGGCUGGUUGACUGUUGCUGGCUCUGCCCCUGAUCUGCCUCAUUGUCAGUCUCAGCCAAUCCUAUGGGGAAACAUUGUGAUUGGCUCAGGCCACCACUACUUAUGUCAGCAGACAGAGGCAAUUCACAGGCAGAGGCAGCAGCUUUAAACUUGAAUACAAGUAAGAUUUUACUAUGUUUUGGGGGGUGGUGUUGUUAACGGUAGUUUUAAUACUACAGGGUCAGGAAUACAUUUUUGUUUUCCUGACCCUAUAGUGCUUAUUUAAAUUUCUACGCAAGUUGCGCUACAGGUUGCUAUUCUCUGUGAUCAGCUUAAUGAAUGUGGGAAGCAAAGGCAAGCAGAUUUGAUUCCCACAUGCAUCAGUGAGCCUUGGCAUGAUCUUGACACUGGUUCCAUUUGUCCUUCCUUGGACCACUUUUGGUAGGUACUAACCACUGCAUACCAGUAACAUCCCACAAGAAUUGUAAUUUUGAAAAUGCUCUGAUCCAGUUGUCACAAUUUGACUAUUUGACACUUGUCAAAAUCACUCAGAUCUUUCGCUUGCCCAUUUUUCCUGCUUCUAACACAUGAAAUUCCAGAACUGACUGUUCACUUGCUGCCUAAUAUAUCUUACCCAUUGACAGGUGCCAUUGUAACGAUAUAAUCUGUUAUUCACUUCACCUGUCAGUGGUUUUAAUGUUGUGGCUGAUCUGAUGUCAAGAUCUGGACGCCUCAAUUUUCUCCCCUGUCCAUGAUGUCUGCAGUUUGCCCUUCUGAGGGAUUAUUUUGACUGAUGGAUUGAGGGUAAAUUAUCUUAGCAACUGAACUUUGUUAAAGUUCCUCCUAUUGCCACUCAUAAGUAUUCCCUAUACAGGUAUUUUAUUUUUAGAAUUUUAGAGAAUAAGAACAAAGGGAAGCAGAGGGACAAUAGAUUAAAGGGCCACUCCACCCCCAUAACAAGUUUAUAUUAAUGGAGUCUUUAUGGGGGCAGGGGGGCUGUAGUCCAUGGGCACAGUCUUGCUUUUCGUGGUUAAACUUUUUUUAUGAACGGUUUAUUCCAAAAGUUGCUCCUCCAGUGUGCCAGUCUUAGCUGCCUCCUCAAAGCCAGUGCUCUGAUCUGGAUGGUUUGGCUUGGACUCUAGUAAUGGAUUGAGAGCAGGUUAAAAACAAAACCUGCAAAAGCUCUAAUUCACUACUGCAGGAGUGCCAGGGUUAAAUAUAAAUGGAAAUAGAGCACAUUCCCAAUGCAGAGGCCAGGCAACAGCAAUACCAGUUGAUUUCCAAUAACGUGUCUCAAUAACAGAUGGCCUUCUGUGUAAGUAAUAGCGACGCUUCUUAUUAAAGGAUGUGAAGCAUUUUCAGGAAGCAUGUGUAUAUUGCUCACUAUACAGGGAGCAGAGAAAGCCAGGAAUUCACCCUCGCAGCCCAAACAAGUACAAGAAAUACAGCCGGCGCUCAUGGGAUAUGCAAAUCAAACUCUGGAGGCGUGCACUUCAUGCAUGGGAUCCACCGUUAGAACUCUCAUUUGAGUAAGUAUCAUCUGCAGUGUCUGGCAAGCUUUCUGUUUAAAGGAUUUGUGGGGUUCUAUGGUUUGACUUUAUUUAUCGUUUAUGUCUACAGCAGUAUUAGUGAUGUGUUCAGAUGGCAUUAACUGGUAUCAAUACUCUGAGAAUUUCUUGAUGACCGUGACCGGUUAAUGCAAUUUUUUUUUAUUUCUUUUUUUCCUUUCAAUAAUUUAAAAGGUACAGCAAAGUCCCAUUUACCCAGUCAAUGUUGGUUUUGUCCUUUUUUGGCCUUAAAUGAGUCUAAAGCUGAGAUUUAUUUAUUUUAUUUAAAUUUUGUAUAAGCAUUUCAAAUGAUCACAAUUUGUUGGGAAAAGUUUCAAAAUUAUUUAUCUACAGUAGUAGCCACUAAAGUCUGUGCCAUUUUGUAAAGAAAUCAUUUGAAAAGUUUUUCUAAUGGAUUGUGAUCAUUUUGAAAGGUUUAUCCAAAAGAAUGAAAGACUGUUUACUAUAAGGCCAAAAAAGGACAUUUGUCCGAUGUGCUCGAUCAAUCCUUUUAUAAGUGACCUCAUAGGAAACUAAGGCUUUUUUUUUUUUUUUUUUGGAUAAGCUUUUCAGACUAUCACAAUCUGUUUUAAAUUGACAUAACUACAAAAUUCUCAGAUUUUGAUGACCACUGUAGAUAAAUAAUCUGAAGUUUGUUUGGUUUUUUUUGUGUCUAAAAAGCGGAUCCAAAAGAAUUAAAGGCCAAAGCAAGUUUACUGAGGAUAUCCAUCUUCUGUGUAUUAAAUGCCCAUAUAUUCUAAGUGUAGCAUUAAAAUAGUAAUAUUUAUAUUCUAAUUAAGUGUGGGUGGUGGUAAGGGGGAUUUUUAUCAUUUCCGGUCUAGUGCAGACAAAUACUGAACUUUAAGCCUUUCACGACCACAACCAAGUCACGCACCCUUUUGGAGUAGGGUGUAUUGUAUUCAACUAAUAUUUCAUGUACAGUUAUUAUUUUAAAUGAUAGAAUUUUGUUAGUAAACUUUUCAAUUAUCUAAAACCAAUGUUUAUUCUACCCUCUCCCCCUCCCUCUCCUUCAUUUGCUCCUCCUGGCUGUAAAUACCUUCAUAUAACUGUUCCAUCUCCAUCUUUGUUCUUUAGGUCUCACUUCACACUCCCAGAACCAGCAAUUCUGAAAUCUCAAUUUUUUUCUCAACACAACCCUCCCCACCCCUCCCCUCCCCUCUUCCUGUCCACCCAGGUUUCUCUCAAAUAUAUAGCAUGCUCCUCCCUCAAUUACCUCCUCAUUCCCUUUAUAUUUUACCAAUAUACUGCAACUCUGAACUUCUAGCCAUCACUUCCAAAUUCACCCCCGCUACCCCUUGUCUCAAAUCUCCAUUCUAUCCUCUAGAUCAGGGGUCAGCAACCUAUGGCACUCGAGGUGCCUUUGCACGGCACUCAAGACUGCCAGAGCCAAACAGGCUCUGUUCUACCAGGAGUCCCAUUGGGACGUCAGAUAUUUGCUACUGAAACCCAAGUUGUGAAGGACAACCCUCAAUUUACGCAUUGCAGCACAUGGAGGUAGUGAUUACUUCCUCUCAGUACUUGUGAAUGGGAAUCCACACUGGAGUAGAGCAGCCUGCAGCACCUUCCGCAGCUCCUACCCUUGACCUGUACCUGGUCAGCUUGGUCGCAAUCUAGAUCUCAUGGAAGCCAUCCACACUGCUAGAUAUACAGAGCUGUACAAGAAGCCCUUUUUCAUGCAGAUAAUAGACUGCUCACACACACAAACUCACACAGUCCCCACAAACACAACACCACUGACAAUCCAGAUACACGCACACACAACCCCACAAGCAGCCCCCACACAUUCAAUAAGUAUCAUACACAAAACCGUAAACUCUUUAUGAACAUAUACAACAUAACAGCCCACAUAUGCACAAAUAUGUUUCAAAGCAACUUCAGCAUCCAUAAGUAACACAAGAACAAUACGGCAACAUGCACACCUCCUUUUUAAAUAAAAAUGUACCGGCAUGACGGACUUCAAGAGCUUGUUUUGGCACGGUACUACCAAAAGGUUGCCUACCCCUGCUUUAGAUUGUAAGCUCACAGGCUAUCUAGCUAAGCACUUUGUAUAAGAGGUUUAAUGUCUAGAUCUCAGCUUAUUAAGCAGGACCCUCUCUACCUUUUUGUAUUUCUGUGUAUAUUGUACAUUCUCCCCUAAUUGUACAGGGCUGCAGAAUAUGUUGGCGCUUUCUAAAUACCAGUAAUAAAUUAAAUGGCGGAGCUCCAAUACCGCAACUGGGUAUCUCCGCUGAUUUCUCCUCGUAGCUAAAAGUGCUGGUCAGUGAUUAUAACUUACCACCGUGACUAAACGACACAUGGUUCUGGGAGUACAACUGUUUUUGAGUUGAAGACAGCCUUUUAUGCACAGACUCCUAGCAUGAGGUCUCCAUUCAGGACAUGCGGUGCCUACCCAGGCGCCUCUGUGUCUGGGAGAUAAUGGAGUUGCUGCCGGCUACACUAAUUAUUUCCUGGAUACAAAGUGCCUAACAUAAAUAACACCCCAAAAUGCAGGAAAAGCACACAGGAACCUCACAUAUCAUACAUCCCCAGAUAGCUCUGGUUCAAGAGCCCAUGUUGGCAAAAAAGCGCCUGGAUGCAUUAAGAUAUGCCCAGUUGCCUUGGGGUAAAGUUCUGACCGCACACUAGGUUUAAGCCCAAAAUAGUUCCACGAAUGGGGCUUUUGCCAGUGAAAUGUUGGGGCCUCCUGUGGUCCAACUAAUGGUGGCUCCCCCUGGUUCUCUGGGAACUACUGUUCCAUUUAGUCUGUAGUACCUUCCCUCCAAAUAGUGCUCUCCUGGCAGGUCAGGAAGUGGGGCAAAACCGUGAGCCAAAGUGACCAGCCACCGCUAUACCAAGUGACCGAUUUUGUGGUUUCAGAAGGUUUGCGGCGAUUUGCUGCUGGUAACCUUUCAGUAGUUUGAGUGCAAAUGCCUGCCAGGGAACGGGAGCAUUUGUUAAUUGCAUUCUGUAGAAGGGAAGGCACUGAACCAAGGGAGAUCGUUCCUUUGGGGGAGAAGGUAGGGGGAUAGAGGACAGGGGCCGGCACACUGAUUAACAUCAUGCUGCCAGAAUUGUAGGAUGGUUGGUUAAACUCAUUUAUAUCAUGACAGCAGCCUUUCGUCAAUAUUCAAGUCUAUUUACAAACUAAUAGUCACGUAUUGAUGUGGAUCAGUGAUGUUAUAUGAUCUUUUAUAAAGAACUCCUCGUGCGUUCUCUAGAAAAAGUUGAAUAUUUUUACACCUGUUUAAAAAUUCAAUAAAAAAUUGCAAUCACAAACUACUAGUAAAGCAUCAUAGAUAUUUUCCAUUUACAGAUUUGAGCCAAGAUUUAAAUUUCAUUUAUUUAAAAGGUUGUCAUCAAUAUGGAUUUCUUGACUGAUGCUGAAAUGGUGCUUCAUCAGGAGGUGCCCAGCCUUGUAUGGUUCUAAUACUUAAGAUACACUGCAGAAAUAUGUACAUUAUGUAUUAAAGGAACACUAUAGUCACCAGAACAACUCUGAAUGGAGACACUGAACUUUACUCAUAGAUGCAUUGAUUCAAUGCAUCUCUAUGAGAAGCUGAUUGGCCAGGACUGUUUGACUUGUGCUGGCUCUUCCCCUGAUCUGCCUCCUUAACAGUCACAGCCAUUCCAAUGCUUUUCUAUGGGGAAGCAUUGUGGUUGGUCUGAUCAACAAUUCUGAUUUCAGCCAAGGGGCAUAGCCAGCACCAGCAGACUGGAAUGAAGGUAAGAUUUUAAUAUAUUUAGUGUGGCAAGGGAAGGAUCUGAGGGCUAGAUGUUUUAAACACUUUAGGGUCAGGAAUACAUGUUUGUGUUUUUGACCAUAUAGUGUUCCUUUCAUAUUUAUAUGUAUUUCUCCAAGAUAUCCCAAACAAUGCUGCCAGUGUGAUUACUGGACCAUUUUUAUUUCCCUUCCUGAAGUUUGGCUAAAGUUGUGUGUUACAAAAGAUGGGUUAUGACCUUGUUUACCUACCCUCUAGAAAAGAAUGGAGUAAUUCCACAGAAAAACUACUAGAAUCGUGGUUUGGAGGCAAAGAACCAUUACAGACUCUGAAGCCUGAUCUAAUUAAUCUACAGGUACAAGUUGAUUAUAUACAAUAA